AGUUACUCCUAGUACGAAGACGAAGCUUAACUACUAAGUGGAGACCAAAAUCGACCUCGGUAUGUUGCUGUUGCUGCUGUUGUUAUCGGUCCUUGGUGUGACAAUGGGCACAAAAUGCGAGGAACUGCAAGAUGAUGAAUUUUUCAGCUACGGAGAAACUACUUCGGAAGCUCCUGGUCCGUCAGAUUGGUAUAAAAAAUGGGAGCAAUGUGAUGGCAGGCGGCAAUCUCCGAUCAACAUCGUCACGACUCGGGUGAGGCGCAGACAUUUCCGAACUUUGAAAAUAGAAUUCGACAGACUGGGUGGCCUGGUCACUGGGGAACUAAAAAACAACGGAAACGCUCCCACUUUUUUCGUAGACAAGGACAAAGGAACAGCGAAACUAAAAGGGAAUCACCUCAAGGGCACUUACAAAUUGGAUCAGUUCCACGUGCACUUCGGGUGUAAAAACAACCGAGGAUCUGAACACACUCGUGAUGGCCACCGUUUUGCUGCCGAGAUUCACUUUGUAUUUGUGAACUCAAAGGGACGAAUUGCAGUAGUAGCCGUAUGGCUCAGGGCUUCCAAAUAUGAAAACACUAUUUUGGGAAGGUUGGCAAAUCAGAUGCACAAGAUUAUCGAUGUUGAUGAGUCUACAAAAAUAAGGAAGUCGGUCGGAAUUCGCCUGAUGCGCCUUAUACCACGCAAAACUCGGAAGCACAAAACAUUGGUACUGUCAAACUACUACCACUACAUGGGCUCCCUAACUACCCCUCCCUGCUGCGAAAACGUGUCGUGGUUUGUCUUGAAACAUAGAGUUCCUAUCACGGACUAUCAGCUGUCGCAGUUCAGGGAGUUAAAAGGUCGAUUCCCUAAGGACCCCCCGGACAUGUGUGACAACUUCAGACCAAUUCAGCCGCGGAAUGGCCGCAAAGUCUAUGCUGUUAUCAAUUAACCGGCUUGAAGAAAUUGAAAUGGAACAUGUAAAAUCAUUGGUUGGCCGAGUGACAAACAAACUAAU